AUGACAAAGUCUCUGGCUCUGGCCUUGCUGGGUCUGGCCGGUUUGGCCGCGUCUCAGUCGCCAACUCCCACGCCGACCCCGACGCCUACUCCUUCGCCUACUCCCCCUCCCGCUCCAACCCACAAGAGUGCGCUCGGCGGCUACAACCUGCAGUCUUGCUGGGCAGAAGGCAGUGUCCGAGCCUUGUCAGGCGCAUUUACAGCCGACGAUGCCAUGACGCUCGAGAAGUGCAUGGCAUUCUGCCAUGGUUACAACUACUGGGGCACGGAAUACGGCCGCGAAUGCUACUGCGGCAACUCGCUUGGCGCCGGCUCCGCGGCCGUGCCGAUCGACCAGUGCAACAUGGUCUGCGGCGGUGACCCGUCCGAGUACUGCGGUGCCGGCAACCGACUCGAGCUAUACUCGACCACGGUCAGCAUCACCACUCCGACGGGCACGCUCGCGCACAAGCCAACCAUUGCGCCGUACACCAUGGUCGGGUGCUGGGCCGAGGGCGCCACCAACCGCGCCCUCAACAACGGCGGCACCUCGUCCCCGAGCAUGACCAACGAGAAGUGCGCCGACUUCUGCAAGGCCUACCGCUACUUCGGCACCGAGUAUGGCAGCGAGUGCCACUGCGGCAGCUACCUCGCCGACGACAGCAAGGCCGCGCCGCUCGCCGACUGCAACAUGCUCUGCGCCGGCGACCAAUUCGAGUACUGCGGCGCCAGCAACCGCCUUGAGCUCUACAUGAACCCCAACAUCGCCGGCGGUGCCCCGGAGCAGCCCCCGGCCGCGGGCGACUUUUCCCUGGUCGGCUGCCAGACCGAGGGCAACAACACGCGCGCGCUGGCCGGUGCAUCCACGGCGGCGGACAACAUGACCAACGAGGUUUGCGCGACCUUCUGCAAGGACUACGAGUACUUUGGCACCGAGUACGGUCGGGAGUGCUACUGCGGCAACGCGUUGGCGACGUCGUCGGCUGCUUCGCCCAAGACUGACUGCGGUAUGCUGUGCGGAGGCAGCAACGUGCAGUACUGCGGCGGCUCGAACCAAAACGUCGCGAUCGACUUGGAGUCGUUCGCCAACCACGCGGGGCGGAGCACCGUCACCACGGAGGACGUGCUGCUGCUGGCGCGCAAGAACCCGGACCUGCAGCGGCUGAUGCAGGGGUACGUGGACGAGCGCAAGGCGGCGCGCGGGCAGCAUCGCCCGGCCGCCGCGUCCAGGGGCCGAGGACGGGGAGGGCGACGAGGGCCAAGGGGCGGUGCGACGAGGUUAUCGGGGCGGUGA